UUUUGUUGUUUCUGUUUUGUCACUUUAGACUUGAACCGAUUAUCUCAAUCUAAUUGAUUGUAAUUAAUUAAAUUUCCCAUUUCUUUUUGUGAUAAUUAAGUUUCCUAAUUAUGACAGAUCCUUCCAAUUGCCCCGUUUGCUUGGGUAAACCAAAUAUUCCCAUAGUAUUGGGAUGUAAUCAUGUUUUCUGUUACUUGUGUCUAAAAGGAUCUUCAACCUCUCAUAUGAAUUGUCCCAUUUGUCGUCAGCCUUAUCCAAGUUCCGUAUUCAUUGCUCCUGAUUUGAAGCAAAAAUCAAUCCAAUUAUCGGCUAAAUCGGCAAAGUGGAGUUACCAAGGUCGAAAUGGUUAUUGGCUAUUUGAUAGAAUCACAAAUGGCUACAUGGAGAAUGCCUAUCAAAAUAAGAGACCCAUUUGUGAAGUGUUAAUUGCUGGUAAUACUUAUGUAAUUGAUUUCACGAAAAUGAUUCAAUUUCGUAAAGAUAUUCCUGGUAAACGAAGACACAUCAAAAGGAGCAUUGAUCUAGAUAGGAAAGAGAUCAAAGGAAUCGCUGGUGUUUCUCAGAGAUUAUUGAAAGUGAAAUUAAAACGAAAACGAUUAGCUAAUUGUGAUUCUGGUGAAGGUACAAGUUCAAUCAGUCAACAACAACAGCAACAGGAACAACAAUCAGACAAUGAUAAUCUAUUAGAUGAUCAAGACUCACAAUCAAAUCUACCCUCAGGAAUUACAAUCAAAAGGGAAAAAGUUGACGAUGUUGAUUCUUUACCAUUACCAAUGGUUGAUUCAGUUUCGUUAUUAAAUCAAAUUAAGGAAGAAAUAAUCGAUAAUUGUGAUGAAAUUGUUAAAGUUAAAGAGGAACCUGAAUGGUAAUUAAGUUAGCAAACACACUGAUUGUUUACAAUUAGAGUUUAUUUACCAUCAUCUUUGUACGUGUUAAUAUUGAUUAGGUUUAACUUUAUUGAUUUAUUGAUUGUUUUCCUCAUCUAAUUAAUCAACAUCAACACUUAAACCUGCAACUGUGUUAAUUAACUGUAUCAUAAUGUAAACUAUUAAUAUUAUCAUACUCAUUCACUGCCGUCUCCUGGAUGUAAUGAAUUUAAAUUCAUAAUAUGGCGCAAUUAACAUGACAAUUAACCGUUAAUUGUUGUACACUCAAACACAUAACCAUUGAUUUCAUUUAUUUUGUAAAUAUAUUUAAAUCAGAAUCAUUUGUUAUUUUGUUAUUAACAACAAUCUAUAUUAAUUGUGACCUUUAAUUCAAUGAAUUCAUCUUGAUUGUUGAUAUAGAGAGAAACAAAAUUAAUAAUCAAUCAUUAAAAAGUAAUUUAAAUUUA